AUGACGCAAAACAUAACACUGGCACUGCUACUGUUGCUUUCGGGCAGCAGUUGUUGGGCCGAUGGACAGCAGCAACAGCCGAACCAACAAUCAGUGCAACCGGAACAGCCCCAUUCCGUGGUAGCCGAUGAAAAUGGCAGUAAAAGCGUGACCGGUGCCGUGGACAAGUCGCAGAACAAAAGAGGCGCUCCGGACAUACCGGUGGUCGUAGGUACGCCAGCACAGCACACGGCUUACAUAAAUCAUCACGUUACCGGAGCAACCGUCGUAGCUGCACCCAUUUCGGGCCACGCCACGCACGCGGCCAUCGGUACCGUACCGUUCGGAUACGGGCAUGCGGUAACCAGCACCGGACACAUCCUACAGGCACCGACCGUAGCGACAGGACACCAGCACGUGAUACAGAAGGUGAAUUACGUAGUCCCCGCCACACCGACGACGCUCAAAUUGGCAACCGUCUCCGAGGGUUCCCAUCUACAUCUGCAGCCCGUUAGCACGGUUGUAACGAAGUACAACUAUGCUGUGCCACAGCUGGCGUACACACACUACCCUCAGUACCAGGUGUACCACCAUCAUCCGGCUAGUCCUGGUACAGUGCAGCCGGCCGCUGCUGCAAUCUAUUCCGCGCAUCAAAUCCACGAACAUCCAGAUCAUCAGCAACAGCAGCAGCAACAGCAACAACAGCAUACAGCGUACGCUCAUCAGCAGCCCAUUUACGCACACCAUCCGGCAGCCAUUCAUUACUCCAUCCCAGCCUCCCUCGUUCAUGCUGGCCAGCACAAUUACCAGCAGCAACCACACCAUCCCCAACAACAGCAGUUGCCCCUGAGCCACACCCAGGCCAUCCACUAUCAGACGAACCAGGCUGGGGCACAGCCGGCAGUUCCGAUCGUCCAUCAGGCCCCGAUUGCCACCAUCAAUCAGGUACACCAGGCGCAGCAGGUCUACGCCACCCAGGGCCAGUUGACGAAGUAUCCGCUCGCAGCACAAUCGUACUACGGUGCCGGAGGACUACAACAGAACCAGAUCUACUCUACGGUUCCCAGCUACGCUUUUCAUCAACAUGCUGCAGGCAACGCGAAUAAUGGCUUGGCCGGAAAACCGCUUCUUCCUACCGUUGCUACUCCCGUUCACCUUAAAUCCUUGGUCCCCGUUACAACCGCCACCACGACCCAACAUCACGGUAAUGGCAUCAGUUACGCCGCCUUCACACAACCCUCGCACGCCGCAUCGAUCCCGCUGGCAUCUCACCUGAAGCCUGUACCGCAGAAUCUGCUGCAAACGCAACCGUCCUACUAUAGCACUGCCGCCACAUCCAACGUCCAACAGCAGCAACAGACGCUCCAACAGCAGGCCAAUGUCUAUUACCGAAAUCAGUUACAGCAACAGCAGCAGCAGCAACAGCAGCAGCAGCAGCAGCAAGCUCAGCAACAGCAACGAGUUCAGAUUUACUCAACCGCAGCGAGCCCUCUGCAAAAGUCUCCACUACUAUACUCGGCGGGCCAGUUCAGCCAUCCGGUCCCAUCGCAGUACGCCACGUACGCUUACGCUCCUCAGCAGCAUCAGCAGCAGCAGUCGGUCGCUACCGGUGCACUUUUCCAACCGCAGGCUUCACUUGGCAAAAUCACCUACGCGCCGAAUGGCGUUUCGCCGAACGUCGGAGGCCGAGGGUCCAUCUAUCUGUUGCACUAA